AUGUGUGGCGGUGCUAUCAUCUCCGACUUCAUACCUGCCACCGUUGGCGGUGGCCGUGCUUCCUCCAGGAAGCUCACCGCCGACUUCCUCUGGCCCGAUCUCAAGUCCAAGUCACUCAAAAGCAAUAAGCCUUACUCCAAGCCCGUCGUCAUAGAUCUCGACGAAGAUUUCGAGGCGGAUUUCCAGGGAUUCAAGGAUGAUUCCGAUGUCGAUGAGGACGACUGUGAUGUUGAUGCCUUGGCCGAUGUCAAGCCGUUUGCUUUCUCUGCUGCACCUCCUCCCCAGCCUCGCAACUCCGCCGCUUCCCGCGGCUCUACAGCGGUGAAGUCAGUGGAAUUCAGUGGACAAGCUGAAAGAUCUGCAAAGAGAAAGAGGAAAAACCAGUAUAGGGGGAUCAGACAGCGUCCAUGGGGUAAAUGGGCUGCAGAGAUUCGUGAUCCCAGUAAAGGAGUUCGUGUCUGGCUUGGCACAUUCAACACUGCUGAAGAAGCUGCCAGAGCUUAUGAUGCCGAGGCCCGUAGAAUCCGCGGCAAGAAAGCUAAGGUGAACUUUCCUGAUGAAGCAGCACCACGUUCGGCUACAUCUAAGCUCUCCACAAAGAGCAAAGCUCAGAAAUCAGUUCCCAAGGCAAUCCCAAAAUUGGAUGCUGGUUACUCGGAGUAUGCUGAGCAAGAGUUCUUCAACUCUAUGAACUACGUGGAAGAGAAACCAUCACUGGACCAGCUCGGGAAUAUGGACACCUUGCCCUCAAAUGGAAAUGCUGGAAUCAAGUCUACUGUUGACACCAGUGCUCCCAUGUACUUCAGUUCUGAUCAGGGGAGCAAUUCCUUUGAUUUUUCUGAUUUUGGAUGGACCGAACAGGGCGCCCCAAGGACCCCCGAGAUCUCGUCUGUGUUUCUAGCUGGGCCUGAGUUCAACGAAUCUGCAUUCGGAGAGGAGGAUGCUAAUCCCAGCAAGAAACAGAAGUUCAAUAAUUCUGAUGGUGCUGAGGUUCCUCCCCAGGAAGAGAACAAAGGGAAUUCCGCGGAGGGAGAGGAGCUGUUUGGAUUUGAUAACUAUCUUCAGAUGCCAUAUAUGGAAGGAGGCUGGGAGGCUUCCCUUGAGAAUCUACUUAACGGAGUUACCACCACCACAACAACAACAACGCAGGAUGAUGGGAACACAAUGGGCCUGUGGAGCUUUGAUGACCUCUCCAACAUGGUUGGAGGAGCCUAUUAA